AUGGCCGAGGUGCAUGAACGAAUAGCAGCCGAAGAUGGAACAAGAUUGCAUCAGGUAUGCGAAAGGAUGCGAAGUUUGUCAGAAAUGUGUACCGAUACAACAUGUACCUGCCAAAGAACUCCAUUCCAUCAUCAAACCAUGGCCGUUUCGGGGAUGGGCAGUAGAUCUUAUAGGGAAAUAUACCCUGGUUUGUCGGAUGGACAUACUUUUGUCAUUUUCGCUACGUGUUACUUCAUAAAAUGGGUCGAGGCAAAACCAUUGAAAUCACCUACGCAGGAAGCUGUGAUUAUAUUUUUCAAAGAAUACAUCGUGCAUCGCCAUGGAUUGCCUGAAUCGAUCACUACUGAUCAGGGGACGAUGUUCACAGGAGGUGAUAUAGUGGAAUGGGCCUCCCAAAUGAAAAUCAAGAUGGUGCACUCGACGACAUACUAUGAACAGGCCAACGGGCAGGCCGAGGCGACUAAUAAGGCCAUUAAAUUUAUCGUCCGUAAGAUGAUCGAGGAAAACCCAAGGCAGUGGCAUGUUUUGUUGUCAGAAGCUGUUUGGGCGAAUAGAACAAGUCAAAAUUCGGCGACAGGGACCUCACCUUUUAGGAUGGUGUUUGGGCAUGAUGCGAUGCUGCCAAUGGAGUUAACUGUUAUGUCGACUCGCCGCUUGUAUCAAAACAAGUUGUCCAAGGAUGAUUAUUUUGAUAAGAUGAUAUUGUCUGGAAUGUCAGGGUAUGUUCUGACAGGUUUUGUCUUUGUACUCAGUGAAAGGUGA